CGUAUCCUCGGGGAAGAACCCGGAGUGCAGAAUCAAGGUUAUGUCGUUGACGUAUGCGGAAAAUAUUAGUUAGUUGAUAAACGUGCAAUCGGUGCCGCGUUCGCGUAUCAAUUACAAUUAACCACAAAGACAAACAAUCCCAAAUAAACAUGCCGGAAGUUUACGAAAGCUGGGACGUCUUCCAGAACUAUAAUCAACAGGAGGAACAGAUUUGUCAGUUUCCUGAUGUUAUGAUGAAUAAUCUAAGCUUGUUGAGUCCGAGCAACAGCUCAGUGGAUUCACAAUUGACCACCAGCAGUCCGUCACCGAUGUCCAUAUUAGAAUCGCCAAACCACACAAUGUCGUACUUCACACUGAAUAAUGUGACGGGCACGAUGUUGGAAGACCGGUACAUAAAAAUUAUCGAACAGCCGAUUGACAAGUUUCGGUUCCGUUACAAAUCAGAGAUGAUGGGAACUCAUGGGAGCCUUGCUGGCGCUAACAGCUCCAACAGUCGCAAGAAGCAAGCACCUACUGUUGAGCUAAAAAAUUAUCCAGGCAGCGCAGUUAUUCGCUGUACCCUUGUAACGGCAGAUCCAGACCGCAGGGGACCGCACGCUCAUCGUCUGGUACGCCGGGUCGGCAAUUCAGACGAAGAUGAUCCGCACGAGCAAAAGGUUUCACCUGAACAAGGUUUUACAGUCUCGUUCCAUGGAAUGGGGAUCAUCCACACUGCUAAAAAGCACAUAAAAGAUGAGCUUGUUAAAAAGAAAAGAAUUAUUGCUUUAGAAGAAGAAAAACGCAAAAAUGUUAAUGUCACAUCACUGAGCACCUGCAAGGAAGCAACGAUUAAAAUGGAAGCAGAAUCUGCUCAAAAAUGGAUGAGCCUGAACAGUGUCGCAUUAUGCUUUCAAGCAUUUGCCCCAAAUGCUAAUGGUGUACUUUGUCCUAUCACAGAACCGGUGUAUUCGAACCCAAUUAAUAAUCUCAAAAGUGCCCUUACGGGAGAGCUCAAGAUAUGCAGAAUAGACAAAACUGCAGGAUCGUGUGACGGUAACGAGGAAGUUUUCAUGCUGGUAGAAAAAGUGGGAAAAAAAAAUAUCGUAAUCAAAUUCUUCGAAAUGGAUGAAAAUGAUGUAGAAAUUUGGAGCGCUUUAGGCCACUUCACAGAAUUAGAUGUACAUCAUCAAUACGCGAUAGUGUUUCGAACGCCACCGUAUAAAGACAAAGAUAUAACUGAACCGAAAGAAGUUUUUGUAAAGUUAUGCAGACCGACUGACGGAGAAUCCAGUGACCCUUUACAGUUCACUUAUAAACCAAACAACCGCAUCGGUAGGAAGAGGCAGCGCAUGUCUUGCGAAAGUACCGAAUUGCGGACUCUACCCUCAACCAAUUGCAUGCAAUCAGCUGAAGCCGCAUCUGCUUUCAACGUACAUAAUUCAAAUGAAAUCAAGAAAUUGUUGAGUGAUCAGUGCCCGUCAAACGAGUUCCGGGAGUUCUCUAUGAAUCUUUUGGAUGAUGGAGAAUACCGGGAUUUGCUGUCGAAUUUGGUAAAUGACAAUGAAGAAUUAAAACUCGAUGGACCCUUGAGAAAAAAAGAAAAGAUUUCGUUUGCGGAAAAUAUUGUAAGAGAAAUUCGGAGUAUACUUAAGGGAAGUGAUCCAAAUGGAAAGGAUCGCAUACUAGCUUUGCUCAAAGAGCGCACAGUCUAUGGAGAUUCCCCUCUCCACUCCGCGCUAAGACACGGACAACUGAAUUUGGUCAAAUAUAUUGUAAUGUUACUUGCAAACUAUCCGGAUUUCAAGCAAGUUGUCGACACUCAAACAAGUUCUGGUCGUACAUGCCUAGAUUACGCCGUAGAACAAAACCAACCCGCAGUAACAAAGGCUCUGCUCUUGCUUGGAGCAGAUGCGAACGCGUGCGAUGAUCACGGUUUUUCACCGCUUCACAGGGCGGUCAAAAUACCAGAGGCGGGCCACUGUGUGGACGCACUAUUAGAAGGAGGAAAUAUAAGUAUCGAAACACGAGAUGACGCUGGAUGGACCGCUUUUCACCUAGCUGCUGAAGCCGGAUCGCUACACGCUGUUAAAUCUCUUGUCAAAGCUGGCGUUGAUGUUAACAGCACUGAUAUGUCUUACGGACGUACAGCACUCCACAUCGCCGUUGAAGGAGGCCACAAAGAAAUCGUUGAAUUCCUGUUGAAAAAGACCAAUAUCGACGUAAAUAGGCGGAAUUUCAGUGGCAAUACCGCACUGCACAGUGCUGUUGUUAACACCGGCGAACGAGCUGAGGAGCUUUGUAAGCUUUUGCUGAAUCACGGAGCGAAUCCCUCGAUACCUAACCAUAAUCGCGACUCGUCAAAAGAGUUGCGAAUGACAACUGUAAAAGAUGAAGCAAUAUCGGAUGAUGAAGAUGAUCAAGAAAGUGGUCAAACUUCGUUUGACCUCGCAUCCAAUAAACCCGAGAUCUUACAAUUGCUUUCUGCGAGUAAUAUCACAAUAAAAGAAGAAGUUGAGGACGAACCCGAGGAAAGUGACAGUAGUUUGUUGGACGAAAAAUCCAUGGCUCUUCUAGCUCCAAUACUCGACGAGUCAAAGGCAUGGGAAAAAAUCGUCACAUCUUUGGGAUAUGAUUUUUUGCAGUCUUCGCUGAAAUCUUCAGGCCCCGUCAGUCCAUCGCGGAUGUUAUUCAACUACUUGGACAUACAAGCUGAAGUUUCAGUCGAGAAAUUACGAACAUUAUUGGUUGAAUUAAAUGAAACUAAAGCUGUUGAUAUAAUUGAUGAGAUGAUUUUGAGACGGAAUACAUCAAGUAAAAAAUAAAUUUCACAUCAAUAACAUAUUGCUAUUUUAAAAUCAGCUAAUUAUUCCAAAAACUUAUUUAGAUAAUAAUAAAAGCAUAUCCCACAUGCUGUUUGUUAUAAUUUCGCACGAUUAAUCUAAAUCACUGAUUAAUUGAUUACAAUACAAAACAGUGCUAAUAUUGUAUAUACACUCAGGUUUCGCAUGUGUAAGUACAGAAACAAGAUAUGUUAAUUAAAUAAAAACGUAAAAUUUAUAUAUGCCGGAGUGUGGACUGAAAAAUUGAACUUUGAAAGUUAUUUAUAGUCUGUCAAAGUUUUUAUGAUUUCGAACCAAUCGAUGUUUCUUUUAAGUGAUAAAUUAUCAUUUUACUAUUUAAAAUAGCCGUAUGUAUAAAUAUUUUACUGUCAACGUAUGACAACAUUAUUGUAACUCUUAUUAUUACUACAUAUAUAGAAAAAGAUUUCAAAAU